UUGGUUCUUUAAAAUAAACACCUUGUCGGUCCCGUCAUAUUCCAUACAUUUUAUGUCUCUUCAAGAUGAAUGUCUCUCGAAGACGAAUAUCCUUUAAGCUGUAUAUGAAAAAACGGUCUCCGUUUGAGUUAGGUAAUGGAAAUUAGUGGUGGGUCAUACGAUUCAUUUCACGACCCGACCAGGAGUCGGAAGUGAGCCAGGUGGAAUCAAUUCCGAGCUGAGGGUGCAGCGGGUCGGAGUCGGAAUCAAAUCUGACCCAUGGGUGCAACGAGUUCGGGUCGACCCGGAUGUUUAGGUACGAGAAAGCAUAAGCGACUCCGACCCGGUAGGUUCGGGUCGACUCGCUCAUCACUAAUGCAAUAUACAGCCGUACCGGCGAACUCGUUCGUUCCUGGGAACGUUCGCCGCGACGCUCAUUUUCACUCAUUUCAUAGCCCUCUAGAUCAAAAAUUAGAAAACCGUAUAGAUUUUGUUCUGGCCAACCUAGUAGUACAACCCUGUCCACUCAUGAGCGACGAAUGUUUCUCGUCUAACGAGUUCGCCGGUACGGCUGAUAUAUUCUUCAGAUACGUCAAACGAGAGAUAAGCCGAGAUGUCUGACACGGAUCAUUAUAUAAAAUCAGUAUUUUCACACUUUUUCUCUAACACUCGAGUCACAUAAUUGGCCCGUAUAUUUAAUCUAUUUCCAUUUUGCCUGUAUUAGGUGUCUUUUGUAUAGGUUGUAGCUAACAUGAAGGUUUCAUAUAGAAUUUGCUUCCAAAGUGUUCUGCAGAUGUUGCUGAAUGUCCCUCAUAGCAAUCCAAAACUUCGUGAUUUGGCUCAAUUUGUUUGCAUGUACGAGAUGUAAUCAUGCGCAUAUGGAAGGGUGCAAACACAUAGCGCCACCCCAUUAGGGUCUGCGAACCAACUGAUAUGCUCACGCACUAACACUCUGGCGCAGCAUCGCAGUAAGCUUUGAGCAGUUAGCGAGAACGGACGGAAUUUCGUGCGAGUCGUUUGACCACGAUACAGGGUUUACCGAGUGGCUUUCAAAUGUGAACAUAUUUGUCCUUUGCUCGCUUGAAGUUUUUCAGCAGCUUUCACAUAUUCUUUUUGUAUUAAAAUAAAAUAUAUUAUUUUUGUGUAAAUAUAAUAUCUGAUAGCUGUUGAAAAACAUUCCGAGGGCAGAGAAUAAUGCCUUGUCAGCGGAAAGUAGCUCGAAAAAACCUAUUUCUAUCAACACAUCUCCCAUCCUUUGCAAUGAUCCUCGUUUGGAUGUACUGUGUCUGCCCGACGGUUUUACUGGUAGCAGACACCAGUACCGGCAAUGACUGUACCAUAACAAAUAGGUCUAGAGUAUGCUGGAUAGUUGAAUGCCCAGGUUCAAAUGUUCAUCUCUCGAUCAACGUUAAAAAUCGCAAACUUAAUGUGACAUGUUCCGACAAACCAAACUUUGAGCUGCUUCGGGACCAACCCAAUCUACGGAGCCUCACUUUCGACCAGCUGAUCUAUCAAGACUGCCCACUUCCGGUUGGUUAUCAGUCGCUUCUGGAGUUACUUUCAGCCUUUCUCGAUCACACCCAACUAUCAUAUAUUGUUGAGUUGAUUUUAAUAAACAAUGCAGACCUAUCAGCGAAUGUAACGCUUGAUCCGCCGCUAUUUGCCGGACUCCACAAACUACAAACUCUUGUGAUCGAUAAUUAUGCUGUAUCGUUCGACAAACCACUGCCGCUCCAACAACUGCCAAGCGGUGUUAAUCGCUUUUCGGGUUCAAUUUUACACCAGCUCCAGCAAAAACAGCACCGCCAUUCCAUUGCUGAAGGUGAUUGGGAAAUGAAUAUAAUGCCAAGCGGAUUGGUUUCCAUUGUGCCCAAUCUUCAAAUGUUGACUCUCCACAGACAUAAUUUUAAGCAAAUUGAACACUUUGCGAAGCUACCGAGCUUGACUUAUUUUAACAUCAGUUCGAAUCAACUGAUGUCACUACACGAUGACAUGUUCUAUGGACUUCCAAACCUCACAUUUAUUGACCUGUCGUCAAAUAAACUAACCAGACUAUCCGCCAAAUUGUUCCGGAUGAACAAGAACCUGAACAACUUUAUCGCAGAUAAUCAGAAUGGUUCUGGACUUGUACUAGAAGAUAAACUGUUCGCCGAUCUAAGGAGGCUUAUAAAAGUGUCUGUAUCGAACUGUAAAAUAACAGCGCUACCGGAAUGUCUCUUCGCUGGAGCCACCGGGAUAACAUUUAUCGACUUCAGCAGCAACAAGCUGCAAAGCCUUCCAGAACAUUUGUUUCGUUGUUUGUCCAACUUGCGGUGGCUUUAUUUACAGGACAACGAGCUAAUGAGAAUGCUACCAGACACCCUGCUGCAGGAUGCAAUCAAUUUGCGUGUUCUUCACCUUUGCUAUAACAAACUAACCAUGCUGAACAAACAUCUACUGAAAUCUCUAAGGCAUUUGGAAAAGUUACAUCUCGAACAUAACCAGCUACAUAUGAUCGAUGUGGAUGCGUUCACGUCUCAGACAGAGUCCCUAAUAACGCUCAAUCUCAGUCGCAACAGCAUUACGCUAAAUGAAGAUAACAGAGAUGUAUUCUACAGCAAUGAGGAAAUCAACAUUACAUCCGGGAUUAUUUUCAGCACUUUGAACAAAGUUCAGUACCUGGAUCUUUCGUUUAAUGCUAUUGUAAAAAUAUUAGAUCCCUUUAAAAAUUUUAUGAAAGACCUUCGAACGCUCGACCUAUCUCACAACCUGAUCACACACGUUGGCUAUAAAGACUUGCUAUUUCCAUCACCCAAUAUCGAUCUAGUUAAUUUGGAGUCAAACAAGAUUACCCAUCUCGACUUCGACCGUAGCCGGAUUGAAACGCGCCAUCGCUUACCGAAGGAAAUUCUUCUUGCUAAUAAUCCACUCAACUGUGACUGCAUGUCCUACCCGUUAGUAACAUAUCUAAAAGCGGAACCAGACUCCAGUAAAUCGUUCCUGCUAAAGGGACUUCAAUGUGCUCAGCCGUCCAAACUGUUUGGACUCCAACCGCAAGACGUGCAACUGGAGGAUUUGGUUUGCGAAAUUGAUACCUUCUCGGAAUUCUGUCCGGCCGAGUGUAAAUGCUACAAACGGGCCGUAGAUCAAUGUGCCAUAGUAAACUGUAACGCAGCGAACCUUACCCAUGUGCCCAUCAUCCACAGCCCCUCUAACAUCGGGUGCAAUUUUAUCGAACUGCAUCUGGCACAGAAUAAACUGCAUUAUCUAUCCAACGCGGGUGAGGGAUGGAAUUUCGUUCGUUGGCUUAACGUAUCAAACAACAGCCUUGGCACUUUGUUUGCAGAAAGUCUACCCGAAAUGCUUGAGCUGCUCGAUGUCUCUGGCAAUCAAUUAACCGCGAUCGAUGCCGCCCUCAUAGGCAAAUUAAAUCAAUCCACCCUGCAUAACAUCAGCCUUGCGUUGAAUCCAUGGGAUUGUUAUUGUGAAAAUCAACUGCUUACCUUUGUAGUCGAUAAUGUGGCGCGCAUAACCGAUUACUACACCCUCCAGUGUAUCGACGGUAAACCGAUAAACCUGGCUACUUUGAAAGAGCUGUGUGGUACGAUAAUUUUGUCUCGUUUGUAUAUCAGCGUGGCAGUUUCAAUGGCGUCGGUUGGCUGUUUGCUCUGCAUAUGGUUGUAUGCAAAAUUCAACUUGGCGAUCAAAGUGUGGCUUUUUAGGCAUAACUUGCUGCAGUGGUUGGUUACGGAGGAGCAUACUGAUAUGAAUAAGAGAUACGACGCAUUCAUCUCAUACUCGCACAAGGAUGAGGAUUUCGUCACGAAAGAACUGUUGCCGAGGCUUGAGAGCGAAGAGCUCAACUUCAAAAUCUGCUGGCACGUGCGUGACUUUGUGCCGGGGGAGAUGAUCGCCAACGAGAUAGCGAAAGCUGUUGAAGAAUCGCGUCGCACAAUUAUUAUCCUCUCGCUCAAUUAUUUCGAGUCCAUGUGGGGCCAAAUGGAAUUCAGCGCGGCGUACUUACAGUCGUUGGUAGACAAGCACAACCGUGUUAUUCCCAUCAUUUAUCAAGACAUUGGAGAUAUUGAUCAACUCGAUCCACAGCUCCGAGCGUACCUCAAGACCAACACGUAUGUCCGCUGGGACGAUCCGUGGUUCUGGGAUAAGCUGCACUACGCCAUGCCUCGUAAGCGUCGGCCGAAGGAUGUGCAGACAACCGACAACAUGCGCAUGGCUUCGGGGGAUAAAUUAAAUUUGCCGAUCAUCAUGACGCCUCCUAUCAAAUAAAAAAAAAUCUCAUUCAUUUUCACUCCAGCUAAAUAUAGAGAUAGAGAUAAUAUAGAGAAUCGUGCAUGCAGUUGGCAUGUCAUUUACGGCACUAAGAGCAUUCGAUUUAAGUAGUGAUAAGCGUAAAGUGUAAUAUAAAAUCUUACAAUUAGUUAUAAUUAAUUUAUAAAAGAAUGACAGUUUGUACAUAUAGUGGCUUACUGAUAAUACAGCUGCAAAUGAUUUGUACUGUGAGAUGACAUGUACUGCCCAUACAAUUUAAUUUGUUGGAACAAGCUUGUCCUCUCUGAGACAAUUAUGCGUAUUCUAAUUCUUAAUGUCAAUUAAUUUUGGAGACCCAUCUAAACAACAGAUCAGCCGCCUCUGAUGCCUCUGAGCCAUGAGAAAAGGCAUAGCACGCAUUUUGUUCUACAUAUUCGUCGUGGUAAACGGCAACGGCAAACAUACACAUACCAAAUCUUAAAGCGAUCUCAAAUACGAGAAGACGUUUCAUUACAGCUACAUUGCCAAUUUUGUUCUGUUUCUCAUUAAGUAAUUUAAUUAAGCCUGAUGAUUUUAUAUCAAUUAUGGAUGGUGUAAUAUUUUAUUUAUGAAAUAAAACUAACAGCCAUCUCUACAGCAAUGAAAUCUUGUUGAAAACACUGACAAACUAAAAUCAACUGUAAAUGUCCAUGAACUUUGUUUCAUUUUGGCGUACUGUCCUGCGCCGUUGCGCUGGGCGAUACUCUGUCCUUGAUUGAACAAUGUUCAGCAAGGCAUCAGCAAUUCAGUUGGUCGUUAAAUGUUUAUUUAUAGUUGAACACUGUUCAAGAGCUGCUUCACAUUGUUUGCUUGGUCUUGAAAACAGUGUAUGUUCAACAGUUCUUAGUACGACGUAUUGGGUUUCACUGUAAAGUCGUCAACUCGUACGACAUGGGUUCAAGUCUCGUAUGGACCUUGCUCGUGUGCACCUCAUACGUAGGAUUGUUUAUCUUGCUAGAUAUGAGUAAUCUAUAAGUAACGGGUCGUUAAGCUCAUUAGUGUGUGCUUAGGCAGAAGUAGAAUAAGAAGAAAAGUUAAAAUGAAGUUUUGUAUCCGUGUUAUCCGGUUAUCACAAUCGUUUCAAGCAUGGUGCCGCUGUCAUGGAAUCGCAAAAGCGUCUCGAGGUCUUGGGAUGAAUCAUAAAGCCUCAUGUAACAUUGUGGCGAUGAUUGUGAGCUAUAUCGGUAUUUUUACAGUUUUUGCUAUGUAUGCUGCAAAGUUUACCGGCCACUGUUACAUAAAAACAGCAACGCAUUUUUUGACAAAAUCUCUAAACCCAUUCCUAUGACGGCAGCUACCGGUUUUGAAAAUGAAGCGAGUGGUUGUCCCUUACAGAACUGAUAUUAAAAUGUGAUCAAAAUUCAUGUCAGCUUGUAGGAAAACCAGUUUAUCUAACAAGUGUAAAUUAAGAUUGAUAGUUCUUUCAAAUUUACUUGGGCUUUAACUUAACUGUCAGUUUGGUUUUGCUGAAAAGGGAUGGCAGUGUAUAUUUUCAUGGUUUUUAGUGUUUUAGUUUGAGGUUUAACAGUGCAUUUUGAGUUGCAAAAUCCAAAAUCGUGGUGUAAAUAAAUAAUUGGUAAGGUAAAGUAAGUUGAUAGGAUGGUUUAUACCUCCUCGCAAUAAGUAAUAACAUUAAUUUUAUUUUACUCGUGUGGUAUUUCUUCUCACUUUGAGUGGUAAUUAACAAUUGCUUUGCUUAUUCUAAAACCGAUCAUUACAUUAUAUUGUAUCGUAUCAAAAUGACCGAAUGAAUAUACAUAUGUUUUCGUUCCAUUGGACUGGUAUUGAAUAGAGAAAAAACGAUCGGAACUAAUCCCAAAUUGUCAAUUAAUGUUAUUGUUAUAAACCAACUAAAAACAUUUUGUUGUCUUACUUUCUUGUUCAAUGUAAUUGCUAAUAUUUACAAAAGUGUCUAUUUUCAUUAUAGUUAAACGAUAUAAAUGUACAUGUUAAUUAUACGACAAAAUAUAAAAUUUCUCCUCCCCGACGGGGAAUCGAACCCCGGUCUCCCGCGUGACAGGCGGGGAUACUGACCACUAUACUAUCGAGGAUGUUAAAUAUUUGCCGCGUAAUUAGAGGACUGGUCAGCAGCAUGUUUGGUAGUGCAUAAUUUUUACUUUACAAAUAACGCCACUCUCAAAAUUAUUUGCGGAGCCCUGGAUCUCCAAAGUCAAUAUCCACACGACUGAGAUCUCAGUUAUGGUAAACUCUCAAUCAAUCUCUCUCAAUAGGAAAAACUUUCAUUAUGGGAAGCCCUAGUUACUACAUAAAACAGGUUGCUCAUUAGAUACACCAUUACAGGGGUUUCCAGAGGUUCUCAUAGUUGUGGGACAGUUCCUUGACUUUUACUUUUGGGAAGUGGACUUCAUAUGUUGAUAAUUGGACUCUAUGGCACCCUUUUUGGACAGGCUCCUUGGAAAUCCUAUUUGAUUUGCUCAACAAGGAUGCUAUAGAGUCCAAUUCCCAUUACAUUAAGUUCAUUUCACUUCAGAAAUAGUCAAUAAAGUGUCCCACAGCUAUUAGAACUCCUGGAAAACCCUGUAAUGAGGACCGCGGAGAAACUGUAUUUUUAAUUUCCUUGUGAGUAAAAUUUCGCGACACUCAGAUAU